UGGAGGCAGCCGUUGCCGCUCGAUACAGAAAAUUAAACACCGAAAGCAGACUGAUACAGCAAAUAGACCACCGACAGUGUGCGCCAAUUAUUCUGCACUACUUUGUUGGUACGGCUCACACUAAUUGAAGGCUAUAUAAGCCGUCUUACUCGCAUAGAAAUGAAAACAGCAGGAUCGAGUUUGCCUUCUCCGCGUCUCUCUUUCGUGCGCAAAAUAUUGAAGUGAGUAUGAGUGUACCUUGCUCCGACCAAGAUUUUAGGCCGAUGAAGGGUAAGAAUGCAAGCUUGCCACCGGGGGUGAGAGCAGAGAGGUGUUGGUGCAGCCGCCUUGCGAAGGUGAAGGAGGUGGUUGAUAUUUCUGAUAAGUUCGGCAUGAAAUAUUUCAUGUGCGCGAGCUAUGAUCAUGAUCCACCCAGGCAAACAAGUUCAUCGUCCUCGAGGCCUGCGUCUCCCCCGCCCCUUUGCAUGUGGUUUCACUGGAUAGACCAGGAGCAGCCGGAGUGGGCACGCCGCGAGGUGGAGGAGAAACAACGGCGUGCAUGGGCAAGGUUCCAUGAGGAGGAGCGUUUCGAAAAGGCUAUUGCUAAUGAUAAAGCAGAAAGAGAGAGACAGAUACAAAAAUUAAGGGCGGAGCAAGCUCGAAAUCGUGAGAUGAAUCAGAAGAGGAUGGAUGAUGAGGCUGCACGUAGGUAUGCAGAGGAAGAGGUGCGCAGAGAGGCCCGUGAAGCGGAGAGGAAGAGAUUAAGGGAAAGAGCUGCCGAGGCGCAAGCGGCAGAAGAACGCGGCGAUAAGUCCGGAAAAUGGCCACGCUGGACGCAGGGAAAGUAGAGUGAUAUAUUUGUACUAACUACAUAUGUUAAAUUCCGUUUUACUUUGUCGUUGUAUCUUAAAUUCCGUUGUAGUGAGUAGCCGUAUUUCUGCAUGUUCAUGUAUCUUAUUUUGAAGUACUUGUUGAAUAAUUAUUCGAAAUUAUAGAAA